CCUUUUGUGCUACAUUCCUUAUUCCUUAUCCUCAUUCUUUAACUGUUUCCCUAGAAAGUAGAAACCUUGUGAAGAUGGGUGGUAUAGCAUUUGGACGCUUAGAUGAUUCUUUCAGUUUGGGCUCAAUCAAGGCCUAUAUUGCUGAGUUCAUCUCAACCUUGCUCUUUGUUUUUGCUGGUGUUGGUUCAGCAAUAGCCUAUGGUAAGGUGACAUCAGAUGCUGCUCUCGAUCCAGCUGGGUUAGUAGCAAUUGCUGUUUGUCAUGCUUUUGCUCUAUUUGUUGCUGUUUCUGUUGGUGCCAAUAUUUCUGGUGGCCAUGUCAACCCUGCUGUGACCUUUGGAUUGGCUCUUGGUGGCCAGAUCACCAUCCUCACUGGUAUCUUCUACUGGAUUGCACAGCUUCUUGGCUCCAUAGUGGCAUGUUUUCUACUCCACUAUGUCACAGGAGGCUUGUAUUAUUUUGUUGCCAGGAAACUCCCGUCCACGGUCUGGCCGCUGGAGUUGGAGCUUUUGAAGGAGUUGUCACUGAGAUCAUCAUCACAUUUGGGUUGGUCUACACGGUGUAUGCCACAGCAGCUGACCCUAAGAAGGGCUCAUUGGGCACCAUUGCACCCAUUGCCAUUGGUUUCAUUGUUGGUGCCAAUAUAUUGGCUGCAGGGCCAUUUUCAGGCGGGUCGAUGAACCCGGCUCGCUCCUUUGGCCCUGCAGUUGUUAGUGGCAACUUUCAUGACAUCUGGAUCUACUGGGUUGGACCUCUCAUUGGUGGUGGUUUAGCUGGCCUCAUCUAUGGCAAUGUGUUCAUUCGCUCUCAUGAGCAUGCACCUCUUCCCAGUGAAUUCUGAUUUGAUUGAGGUUAAUGAUUGCCUGUGUAAUUGAUGUUUGUCCAUAAUAAAAGAAGGUAAAGCAACUCUUUUUUGCUUUUCUUUGUAAA